AUGGCGUCCGAGCGAACCUUCUCCACCUCCGACCUCCGCAGCGCCGCCCAAGACUCCAAGCGCAGUGCCACGCGCAAGCACAAGUGGCAGCUCGGAAGCGUGCAACGCGUCGGCGGUGCACCUAAUCAUCCCCGUCCUUCGCACCCCUCGGAAACCUACUUCAACGCCCGCCGACGCGACGCAAAGGGCGCCGUGGCGUCUCUCGCGCACGGCACCAAGAUCGCCCGCAAACACGACAUCCGCGAAAGCACCGCCAACGCCGUUUCCGACGACUCCUCGUCCAACUCCAGCUCCGACCACGACGACUCGCACAAGGCUUCCUCGUCCCCUCCCAGCGAGACCGAGAUCAUGUACUCCUUCGACGCCGCCCGCGGCCCUUCCCGCGGAAGUGAGAUCCUCAACGUGGCGCUUGCAAAGGCUGUCGAGAAGUUUGAAGAGCGCGAGACGGCAAAACUGGUGAAGAAUGAGUAUGAUGUGAUUGAUUCCGAGGGCGAGAGUGUCGGCCUUUCGUCGACGGGCAAGCGGGGGAAGGGCAAGGGCAAGGCCUUGUCCGUCCCUCUUGUCGACGAGGACGAGGAUUACGAGUUUGUUUGA